UAAUAUCGACGCGACUGCUAAAUGUACUAUUUAAUUGUGUAUUUAUUUAGUGGUGAAGUUUCGUAGCGUCACGUCAUAAACGUUGCAUAUAUUUUUUUAAUACUGAUAGUAUUUUUCUUUGUGCAGUGAGUGCAGUUAUGGUUUGUGUUCUCCCAAAAUAUUCUGUUGAGAAAAUUAGAAGAUGAAUGCCACGACAUCGGAUUUCAAAGGAUUGCAGAAUGACAGUGACGAGUCCGAUGAAGAGUAUACACCGUUGUAUGAUGACACCGAUGAACCAGAUCAACGUACCGCUCGAGAAACGAAGGGAUGGAACCUAUUUCGAGAAGUUCCCGUGAAGAAGGAAAGUGGCUCGCAAGCUACCGCAGAAUGGAUCGAUCUCAGCGUAAAGAUUUUGAAACUGCUUGCGUACAUAUUGGUAUUUCUGGCAGUACUCAGUUCCGCUGUUAUAGCGAAAGGAAUUUUACUAUUUAUAACAUCACAAUUGAAAAAGGACCGGAAUAUUAAUCAUUGUAAUAAACCAUUAGCACUCGAUCAACAAUUUCUGACCACGCACACAUUGGAAGAGCGCGUGUCAUGGCUGUGGGCGGCGGUCAUUGUAUUUGGUGCGCCAGAAAUUGGGGUGUUUCUCAGAUCUGUUAGAAUAUGUUUUUUCAAAACUUACAGAAAACCUACACAUUUAGAGUUCUUUGUCGCUUUCUUAACGGAUACAUUACAUACAAUAGGAAUAGCCGUCUUGUUGCUGUUCAUUUUGCCUGAACUGGAUGUAGUGAAAGGAGCAAUGCUUAUGAACGCCAUGUGUAUAGUUCCUGGCAUCUUUAACGCUUUAACGAGGGAUCGGUCAGAUUCGCGGUAUUUUAUAAAAAUAGCUCUUGAUAUCUUUGCUGUGUCGGCGCAAGUUACUGCUUUCUUUGUGUGGCCACUUCUAGAUGGGACUCCUAUUCUAUGGUGGAUACCUAUGGCCUGCAUAUUUACAUCAAUUGGCUGGUGGGAAAACUUUGUAUCCACACCUGAUAAAGAUUCACCAGCUUUUUAUCGUGGUCUGUUUAAAUUAUCAAAGGAACUUAAAACUACGCGAUACUAUACCCAGCGUGUUUUAACUUUGUGGAAAAUAAUUAUAUUUAUGGCGUGCGUUAUGGUGUCGUUGCAUGUACAAGGAGACAAUCCUUUUGCAUUUUUCACUUCUUGUUCUGAUGCAUUCUCUGCUCGUAAUUAUAGUGUUCACGAGUUCCACGUCAUUCAGGGCAUAACUCGAGACUUGGAAUAUGAAUUGACUGGAGGUACCUUCGACUUGCCCGCUUCGUACAACUCAUCGUUAUGGGUGGCUUUAAUCCAAGUUGCGGCCGCUUACUUCUGCUACGCCAGCGCUAAAUAUGCCUGUAAAAUUCUAAUACAGAGUUUCAGUUUCACGUUCGCUUUGAGUCUUGUGGCACCGAUUACCAUUAAUUGUCUCGUAGUUUUUUGCGGCAUGAGAAAUUCUAAUCCUUGCGCAUUCCAUAACAGUAUACCGGACUAUUUAUUCUUCGAAAUUCCACCAGUGUAUACAUUAAAAGAAUAUGUAGGCCGGGAAAUGACAUGGAUCUGGCUUCUCUGGUUGAUAUCUCAGGCGUGGAUUUGCCUCCAUGCGUGGCAGCCGCGGUGUGAACGACUCGCUGCCACCGACAAAUUGUUCUGUAAGCCUUGGUACAGUGGGCCUCUCGUCGAUCAAUCUCUGCUUUUAAAUAGAACUAAAGAGGAAGAUAUGGAAAUACAAUACGAGAAUCUUGAAACUACUUUGACGGAAGAUAUUUCUGAAAUCGACAAAGAUGGCACCAAAGAUUAUGUCAGACCGUCAGAUAGCAUAACAAGAAUAUACGUUUGUGCAACAAUGUGGCACGAGACAAAAGAAGAAAUGAUGGAAUUCUUAAAGUCUAUAUUCCGUCUUGAUGAGGACCAAUGUUCGCAACGUGUCGCACGCAAGUACUGGGGCAUACAUAAUAGCGACUACUAUGAAAUUGAAGCGCAUAUAUUCAUGGAUGACGCAUUCGAUCAGUCUGAUAGUAACGAAUCGAGCACUGUCGUGAACUCUUUCGUAAAGACUUUGGUGAAUACAAUAGAUGAAGCCGCCUCAGAAGUGCACGUUACUAAUGUUCGUCUAAGGCCACCGAAGAAAUUCCCCACGCCGUACGGUGGGCGGCUAGUUUGGACGUUGCCUGGAAAAAAUAAGCUGAUUUGUCAUUUGAAAGAUAAGUCAAAAAUCAGACACAGGAAGCGAUGGUCACAGGUGAUGUACAUGUACUACUUUCUGGGACAUCGUCUAAUGGAUCUGCCGAUAUCAGUAAAACGCAAAGAAGUACUUUCGGAGAAUACCUACUUGCUCGCGCUAGACGGUGAUAUAGACUUCCAGCCGUCUGCUGUUACUCUGCUAAUUGACUUGAUGAAGAAAAACAAAAAUCUAGGCGCUGCGUGUGGACGAAUCCAUCCAGUGGGAUCUGGUUUUAUGGCAUGGUAUCAAGUAUUUGAAUACGCCAUAGGGCAUUGGCUACAAAAAGCGACAGAACAUAUGAUUGGUUGCGUACUCUGUAGUCCUGGGUGUUUCUCACUGUUCAGAGGAAAAGCUCUUAUGGAUGACAAUGUGAUGAAAAAAUACACAUUAACUUCAAAUGAAGCUAGACAUUACGUGCAAUACGAUCAAGGGGAAGACCGGUGGCUGUGUACUCUACUGCUGCAGCGAGGGUACCGCGUGGAGUACUCAGCCGCGUCUGACGCGUACACGCACUGUCCGGAGCGUUUCGACGAGUUCUACAACCAGCGCCGCCGCUGGGUGCCCUCCACCAUGGCCAAUAUACUCGACCUCCUUGUAGACUCCAAGCACACUGUGAAAGUCAACGACAAUAUUUCUACGCUUUAUAUUCUCUAUCAGAUAUUGUUAAUGGUGGGAACUGUGCUGGGCCCCGGAACUAUCUUCCUUAUGAUGGUUGGAGCUAUGAAUGCCAUCACAGGAAUGAGCAACAUAAACGCACUCAUGCUUAACCUUGUACCAAUAGCGAUAUUUAUCUUCGUAUGCAUGACAUGCAAAUCCGAGACGCAGCUGACGGUCGCAAAUAUAAUAACAUGCGCAUACGCAAUGGUUAUGAUGAUGGUCAUUGUGGGUAUAUUGCUGCAAAUAAUAGAGGACGGCUGGCUCGCGCCUUCCAGUAUAUUUACAGUAGUCACAUUUGGUUCUUUCUUCAUAACGGCUGCGAUGCAUCCCCAGGAAAUCUCGUGCUUGCUGUAUUUAGGCAUUUACUAUAUAACGAUCCCCAGUAUGUACAUGUUGCUUAUUAUUUACUCCUUGUGCAACUUGAACAAUGUCUCCUGGGGUACUCGGGAAGUGCCACAAAAGAAAUCCAUGAAAGAAUUGGAACAAGAAAAGAUGGAAGCAGAAGCAGCAAAGAAAAAGAUGGACAACAGCAGUAUAUUACGGUUAUUUGGAAAUACUGAGGAAACGAGCGGUUCUAUGGAAUGCGGCGUCGCCGGAUUAUUCAAGUGCAUGUGCUGCACUAAUCCUAAGGAUCAUAAAGAAGAGCUUCAUCUUUUGCAGAUACAGAAUUCUUUGGAAAAGAUCGAGAAAAAGUUAAAUAAUUUGGGUGCUACUGAGGUGACGGAGCCAACUAUAAACCUACGUCGUUCGUCUAUGGGUCUGCGCGGGGAACAACUCUCUGUAGUGCCUGAAUAUGAAGAUAGUGAUCUGUCCGCUGAUAUACCUAGGGACGAAAGAGACGACCUCGUCAACUUCAAUUGGAUUGAAGAUGCCGAUCUUCAGAAGGGUGAAGUGGAUUUCUUGCUAACAUCCGAGAUCGAAUUCUGGAAGGACUUGAUUGAUACUUAUUUGAGGCCAAUUGAUGAAAAUAAAGAAGAACAGGCUCGUAUUAAAAACGACUUGAAAAACUUGCGCGACACGACUGUAUUCGCGUUCAUCAUGUUGAACUCAUUGUUCGUGCUGACUAUCUUCCUGCUGCAGCUUAACCAAGAUCAGUUGCACUUUAAGUGGCCUCUAGGGCAGAGUGUGUCCAUUUUAUACGACGACGAAAUGAAUGUUGUAACCAUCAACCAAGACUACUUGAUGCUGGAACCGAUCGGGUCUUUGUUCUUGAUAUUCUUCGGGACGGUGAUGUUGAUCCAAUUUACCGCUAUGAUGUUCCACCGGCUCGGCACUCUUGCUCACUUGCUGUCCACUGUUCAACUCAAUUGGUACUUCGUGAAAAGAGCCGAUGAGCUUACUCACCAUGCUAAAAUUGAAAAAGACGCUAUAAGCAUGGCUAAGAGUUUGGCGAGAGCUGAUGUUGCUGGCACGGACGCUGCAGCCAUCGACGAAGGCGACGUCUCGCGAAGGAGGACAAUACAACAAUUGGAAAAUAGCAGGGUUUCUAAAAAUGAUGCAUUUAAUCUGGACACCAAUUUCAAGAGAAGGCUCACAAUGUUGGAAAAUGCCGAUCCCGCAACAAUAUCGUUCCUGCCUUGGUUAAGCAGCGAUUUGAUAGAGCGCCGAGCCACAUUACGUGCUCUCAAGGCGAGGAGAGAGUCGGUAGCGAUGGAGAGACGCCGCUCCCAAAUGCAGACAGGAAGGCCUUCCGCUUACCAUUAUGGAAUCCCUGGAACUUCGGGUAUGUCCGGCCGUCCAUCUGGUGUGUACGUGAACCAAGGCUACCAGCCCGCUCCGCUACAGGACAGCGAUUCCGACGACUCAGAUUUAUCAGUCAACGGGGCUCCCAUAGGCGUUCCAGCAAACAACGCCGCCAGACCCAGUGUAGUUCGCUUUAAUCUUACAUGAUAAUUAUAUUACAUAGUCAUUAUAACAAUAUUUUUCUUAUAUUAAUAAAGCUUAUUUUAUUUAUUA